AUGGCUGAGGCAUCCAAGCUCCCGAAAGGCGACGAGUUACCAAGUCCAUAUCAACUCAGCUUGUUGAUUGGGAUGCUCCUGGCUUCUCCCGACCGACUCCGACGAUACGUUUCCUAUCGAUGCUUCCGGCGGCAACGAAAGAAGGCACCACGCUCUCCUCGGCUUCUGCUCCAAGCCGGACUCAUGCUCGGUGUUUGCUUCCUCAUGGCGACAUUGAUGUUCAGUGCUGAUACCUUGGUGCACUACACGACGGAAACGGUCCGGUACGACCGAGUGAGAGUGGACAGCGCCGUACAAACAUCCGGCCGCGGCUUGUCUGAGCAGUGCUUGGCUGUGAAAAGGGAAGACAACUUCGGCUUUCCUUGCUCGAUAAACAAUCUCAUCUCCAAUGAUGCAUUUCUUGCCGAACACAACGAAAUGCUCUUCCUGUACCACAACCGCUCGCAGACCUCCGAGAUUCGAGUCGUCGCAUCCGACGUCGGCGACGUGGCUCUCCUGCUUCCCAAAACUCAAGGCCUCUCGCCAUAUGUCGACUACCGUGCUUCGACGAUCGGCGUUACCUCCCAGUGCAAGCCAAUCAGUCCGUCGUGUAACUUUGGCGUCUGGGGCCCCGAGGAUCUGUACUCCGGCUUCUACUGCAGUCCCAUGUUCUGGGGUUCUCUGGGCCGAGCUGAGACGAACGCUUCUGUGCCCGGGAUCGACUAUCCUGCCUUGGGAUUCAAAGUCGAUUCCAACAUUCUCUUGGCUUUCUUCAUGGACGAAGACCUCACCAAACCCUACAACCCCUUUGGAUACAACCCAGACACGGGCGCCCCUGAUCCGGAUAUCCCGCUCAUGCCAGAUAGUCAACUCAUCAACGAGGUCCACGUUGCCUUUGCCACCAGAUUCGCGUCCACUGCCGUCCUCGCCAACGCCGAUCUCUCUCUAGACGCAGGCUUCUUCAAGGGUCCGAAUCCCGUGUACGACAGCGUCAUCGCGUGCAGCUACCAAUCUCUCCAUGUCGAGUACACCUGGUUCAACGGGACCAUCAGGGACGUGCAGACGACGCCGGCGCCCAACGGGACCAUCUCGGAAAUCUGGCACGGCGGGCAUAUUUCAGGCUCGGUCUCCGGCACGAGCGCCACCCUCCAGACGAUUCUCAAACAAGCCGCCGUGCAGAACUCGAGCACGGCCUUUGCGCAGACGUGGGCAAGUCUAUACUCGCCCGUCAUCAUGGCCACUGUCGGCGGACUCAGUUCCUCCCGGUCAAAUCUGCUACAACAGACCCGUGUACCCAUGUUGGUCAUCAAGGUUUCGAUCCCUGCCCUCGUGUUUCUGGGGUGGUGCUGUCUCGGAUACAUUGCUGUCGGGUGUGUCCUGGCCGUGCUCGCCGUACGCACUGCGUCGCGAGGAGACGUGCGCGACGCCAAAGUCAGACUGACGCUGUUCGGACUCGUUGCCUGGGCUGUUGUGGCGUCGGGCUUGGCGGCCGGUGGACCACAAGAAGAUACUGUCGGCGGCGGCGGCGGCGUCUUACCGCGGGAGCAGGAUAUCGGGGAAGAGCACGACACGGUGGGACUACUGCAGGGUCGGAACAGCAGCAGCUUUUACUACAAGGUGAUCGGUGGGGACAAGCCGCCUGACUCCUCGCCGCGUUUGUAG